CUUUUUAGAAAUGCAAGGCAACGCAUCUUAUUAGGUUUGCCGUCUAUAUUAGAGAUCUUAGUGAGUAUACAGGUUCCCCCUGUGGGCGGCGAAUCAAUUGCUCUCCUAUCCUAUCGCUGAAAGCAGAGACGUUAGUCUAAGUAAACGCGUUUUUGUUUUUUACAUCUUCGUGUGCUACUUGGUUUAUGUUGAACCUGUAUGAAUUCAUCUAAGAUAGAGAUUGUACUUGAUCUGGAGAGAGUUUUCUGGCCGACGUUUUGUUUUCCUGAAAAAAAAUCAAAAUCUAAAGAAUCGAAAUCAUGUCCGCACCAGAAAGAGGAUCCCAUCUUCACUCCACGCCUCGCGGAGCCUCUCUUCAGUCCACGAUCGAUGGUGGGCUCUCACCUCCAGUGGCCACAGGCAAUGAAAGGAGCUCAGAUGAAGAAGUUCCGUCUACGAGGACCAAGAAGACUGGCAACACGUCCACCUACAAGAACUCAACAUCGCUAGAGAUUUUAUUAGCACGUUUAAACGGACUGCUGUUUCCUCCUCAAGAAGGACGACGCGAUGAGUCCUCGUAUCGGGACUUCCGGAAGCGGAAUGCACAACAAUGGUCCAGUUUAGUGGAGCCACAGUUGCGAGAAUGCUUCGACAUGUUGCGAGACCGGUUCAAUAUCCCUAUCAGCGCCUUGGUCCUAGAUCCUGAUGUCAGGGAGUGUUACGUGUGGCCGGAUUUUAUUAGCCAGUAUCAUAAGGAAAAUGAAGAUGUUCUUGAUGACCACGAAAAGCAGCAGGAGCAGCUGGAACCAGUGCACAAGCAUGUUGUUGUUCAACAUGUUGUUUACGUCAAAGAAAAGCAGCAGCUCCACCAGCUAAAACAUGAUGAACAUCCUAUAAUCUUCACUGAAACAUAUUGCUGGCAAGUAUGUCGAUUCUUGCAAUUGCCGAAUCUAUGGGUCUACCUUGCUGAACUUUGGCUCCUGGACGAUGAGAGCUGUCUGGAGAGUGCCAGAAAACUGCUGCACGACUAUGGAUUCGGUAUCAAUGACACCGUGCCAACCUGCUUUACACGUCUUCAGCCGAAGUGUAGUGAUGUCGAUACUAUGGCGUGGGUGAGGAAGCCUUCGUUGAAGGAGCUGCUUAGCGAAGCAGAUGCCAAGCGGAAGGAAGAACUGGACGCCACAAGAACUGGAAAGCAUCGCACUAUUGCUAGAAGUGGGGAUGGACGACCUGUACUAGACCUAAGGACUGCCGAUGGUGAUGAAGUGGAUGACCACAGAACGCGUCCAGAAGUAGAGGACCCGAAGCUGGAUCCUGUAGGAGUAGACGACCCGACUCCCGCUCCUACUAGUAAUGGGGACCAAACUCCUGCUCACGGUGAUGAACCGGAUCAUCUAGAGGUAGAGGACGACUCAACGGCUGCAGCUAUCCAAGCUGAUGAUGACCCGAUGUUUCUAGC